AUGGAGUGGCACGACAAAUCCAUAUCUAUCUUCGCCGUCACAAUCGCCAUGAUCAUAUUGCCACUCAUUGUAGUUCCUCUGCGUUGCUAUGUUCGAAUCACACGACGUGCAUUCAAGAUCGAUGACUGGCUCAUCAUUGCGGCAUUGAUCUUCCAUCUUGGAGCUUGUGCCGUGACGCUAUGGGGAUUCAUGUAUGGCCUCGGUAUGCCUGACAAGGUUCUGAGUCCCGAAAAUCAGAUCAAAGGUGUUCAGACUUUCGCAAUGUACAAGCCAAUCUACACACUAGCAACUUGCUUGAUCAAGUGCAGCGUCUGCUACACAUUCCUCCGUCUGUCGACAUCACCAAAGAUCAGAAAAGCACUACACUGGAUCUUGAUCAUCGUCAGCUGCUCUUCGCUUAUCAUGUUCAUCGGAUCUUUCUGCUACUGUGUCCCUUAUCCAGCCAUCUGGACGCAUUGGCAUCACCCUGGUACUCCUGGAUACUGUCUACCUGGAGCCGUGGUGUUGACUGUCGGCUAUUCCUUCGCGGUGACCACCAUUGUUGCAGACUUUGCAUGCGCUAUUAUUCCAGGUAUCAUCUUAUGGCAGACGGUCAUGAGCACAAGGAAUGUGAUUGUGGCGUGGUUCGUCCUAGGCUUGGGUGUUCUGGCAGCAGCAAUGACGAUUUGCCGUCUUCCCUACAUAGCCUAUUGGACCCACAAGACCAACAUGAGCUAUGGUCUGGGAAGAAUCCUGCUCUUCGAACUUUUAGAGUGCGGACUUGGGAUCUUCGCUUCCUGCGCACCGGCACUGAAGCCCUGGUUCUCCGCCUCCAUGACUUCCUUAACAUCU